AUGGGAAGAAAGACUGUUUUGCUCCUAUUGGUGGGCAUUUUCAUGGCAUAUUAUGUUUAUACACCUCUCCCAGAUAACAUUGAGGAGCCAUGGAAACUAACUGGGUUUAACCUCAUAUUAAAAACUUUAUCAAAUGUGGCCCUGGUUGUUGAACUCCUGGGAAUAAACCAUUUCAUGAACACUCUAAUGUUUCUCAUGAGCCUUCAAGAUGUCCCACCCACAUCUGAUGAAACUGUCACUGUGAUGGACACAACUUUCAGCAAUGUUCCUGUCCGUGUAUAUAUACCAAAGCGCAAGUCAGAGGCGCUAAGAAGGGGCUUAUUUUACAUUCAUGGUGGUGGUUGUUGUUUGGGAAGUGCUGCUCAUUAUUCUUAUGAUAUACUGUCAAGACGAACAGCUAAUAGACUUGAUGCUGUUGUCAUUUCAACCAACUAUAGACUAGCACCUAAAUACCACUUUCCAAAUCAAUUUGAAGAUGUGUAUAAUGCAUUAAAGUGGUUCUUAUGCCAAGAUAUUCUUAAAGGCUAUGGUGUAGAUCCCAAAAGAAUUGGUAUUUCUGGAGAUAGUGCUGGAGGAAAUUUAGCUGCAGCAGUGACUCAACAGCUCAUAGAUGAUCCAGAUGUCAAGAUCAAACUCAAGAUCCAGUCUUUAAUUUAUCCUGCCCUUCAGACUCUGGAUAUGGAUUUACCAUCUAUACGGGAAAACUCACAUUUUCCAAUUCUGCCCAAAUCACUCCUGGUCAGGUUUUGGAGUGAAUACUUUACCACAGACAGAUCACUUGAAAAAGCCAUGUUGAUCAAUCAACAUGUACCAGUGGAAUCAAGCUACCUCUUCAGGUUUGUUAAUUGGAGUUCUUUGCUCCCAGAGAAGUUUAAGAAAGGGCAUUUUUAUAGCAGUCCAACUCAUGGUCCUUCUGAGCUAGCUAGAAAGUAUUCAGGGUUUCUAGAUGUGAGGGCAGCCCCCUUGUUAGCUGAUGACAACAAGUUGCGUAGCUUACCCUUGACCUAUGUAAUCACCUGUCAAUAUGAUGUCUUAAGAGAUGAGGGAAUCAUGUAUGUCACCCGACUUCGGAAUGCUGGAGUGAGGGUGACCCAUAACCACGUUGAGGAUGGAUUCCAUGGAAUAAUUUCCUUUCCUGAAUUCAAAAUUUGGCAUAGAGUAGAAAAUCAGUAUCUGAGUUGGCUAAGUGAAAAUCUAUAGUAAAUAUCUUAGCAGUGGUUUAUAAAAAUAUGUAAGCCUCAAAUAUAAAACAUUAGUGAGAAUCAAAAGGUUAUGUUUAAAUUUCUCUUUAUCACCCAUGACUUUUCUAAGUGUUAUAGUAAUAGUAAUAAAGAUAAAAUACAAUAUAGAAUAAGUAUUAAAGUGUGCAAUUAAAGUGUGAUAUUAAAUUGUGAAAUCUGAUAGUAUGGAAUGGAAUGUAACCAAAUUGAUAAGCACCCUUGAGUGGCUUGUAUGUAGAAAAUAGAUAAAGUGAUCUGUUCCCCAUA